AUGGCGGACAACCCCAGUCACCGGGUAAAGCUUUAUGCCUUGAAUGAGAACAAACAAUGGGAUUAUCUAGGCUCAGGGAACGUCACCUCAGUUCCCUCAGAAUCCCAGGGCGUGUUUCUGGUAGUUAGGUCGGAAUCAAGCGACUCGCAGAUCCUGGAGUCCGAGGUACUCCCAGAUACGCCCUAUCAGAAACAAAAAGACACAUUAAUUGUUUGGUCCGAAGCUGAGAACCACGGAAUGGCGUUGAGUUUCCGAGACUCGGAAGGUUGUCAUGAGACCUGGGAAGCCAUUUGCCGGGUUCAAGGUAAAGACCCUUCUGUCAACGUCACACAGGACCUUUUAGAUGAUUUAGAAGAAGAAAUUGAUGAAACGCUAGAAACCGAUGAUUUGGAUGAACUGCCUAACUGUGAACUCAGUAAACUUAAACAGAUCGCUAACUUAGUUACCUCAGCUUUCGAUUCACCUCUCCGUAGGAGAAGGCUGGCCCUGGUCUUAGAAAAUGAGACCUAUAUUAAAAAACUACUGCAGCUGUUACAAUCCUGUGAGAACGUGGGAUACACUGAAGGCUUAUACCAUUUACAUACAAUUAUUAAAGGAAUAUUUUUCCUCGACAAGACAGCUCUGCUUGAGAUCUUGUUUUCUGAUGAGUGCAUCAUGAGUGUGAUAGGAUGCCUUGAAUAUGACCCUGCUUUGGAUCAGCCAAAAAAACAUAGGGAAUUCUUGACCCAAAAUGCAAAUUUCAAGGAAGUUAUACCGAUAACAACCUGUAAACUUAGACAAAGAAUACAUCAGACAUACAGGGUACAGUAUAUUCAAGACAUUCUUCUCCCUACACCAUCGGUAUUGGAAGAGAAUUGUCUUACUGCUCUUAAAACUUUUAUUUUCCUCAACAAGAUGGAGAUAAUCCACAUGCUUCAGUCAGAUGACAAGUUUUUGCCUCAGAUAUUUGAACAGUUAAAGGACAAGACUAUUGAUAAUGAUAAGCGGCACGAAUUGUUAUUUUUUCUCAAGGAAUUUGGUGCAUUUGCUCAGAUAUUAAAGCCUCGAAGCAAGGAUGCACUAUUCAAAACUUUGACACAAAUGGGAAUUCUUCCCACUAUUAAAGUUAUAAUGAGCCUAGAUGAUUUUCAAAUAAAGUCAUCUGCUAUUGACAUAUUUGCUUAUCUGGUGGAGCAUAGUCCAUCUGUGAUCCGAGAAUUCAUACUAGAAGAAGACCAGCAGAAUGAAAAAGGUAGCCUUCUCAUUAAUUUAGUCAUUAAACAAAUGAUCUGUGAUACUGAUCCUGAGCAAGCAGGUGCUUUACAUAUAAUGGGACUUCUUCGUUUUAUACUUGAUCCAGACAACAUGAUAGCGAUGCCACAGAAAUGUGAAAGAAGUAAAUUUCUAAAUUUCUUUUAUAAACAAUGUAUGCAUAACGUAAUAUUACCACUUUGGGCCACUACAUCAGAAGAUACAUUUGAAGAGGAUCAUAUACUUGGAGAUGACAUAAACAACAAAUAUUGCCUCCGUGCUCUUCGCCUUAUGAGAAGGAUAAUUGGCCUUAAAGAUGAAGUUUAUAAUCGUUACAUCAUCAAGGGAAAUUUAUUUGAGCCGGUUGUAAAUGCCUUUCUGAAUAAUGGAACUCGAUACAAUAUGUUGAAUUCAGCUGUUAUUGAACUGUUUGAAUAUAUAAGAGAGGAAAAUAUCAAGUCUCUGCUUGCACAUGUAGUUGAAAAGUUUUACAAAACACUUGAAUGGAUUGAAUAUGUUCAGACAUUCAAAAAUUUGAAGAUUAAAUAUGAACAAGAGAAAGAGCGAAAGAGUCAAAAGAGUUUGAAUUCUCUGCAGAAUAGUAAAAUGUUAUUGUCAAGGGCCAGAGACUUGGGAAAGAAUGAAGUAUCUUGUAAAGAAGAUAAAGAAAAUAUAGAGGAAGGAGAAUCAGGUAUGAAACCACUGGAAAGUGAUUUUCAAGAUGAUUGUGAUACAUCUAUGGAGACUGAAAAAACAACAGAAAAUGAAGACAAGGUGAAUCUUCCUAAAAGAACAUCUUCUGGUGACCUCAAAUUUACUUAUUCCCAUUCUUCUGGGGAUGCCAAUGGAACCGAUAACCCAAUGAGAUUAGUGGAUUAUUCAGAUGAUGAAGAAGAAGAAGAUAAGGAAGAUGAAACAGCGUCGAGGAAAAGACCACAUCUUAAUCCAUAAAAUCAUUAUGAGAGACUUACAACAUUAUCAAAGUCUACAUUACUAAAAUUAUGUAAACAUCAAUUAGCUAAAAAUUCUGAAUCUAAAACUUUCUCAUGUGAACUUACAAUUAUGCAAUUUUUGACAACGAUGCUUAGUAUUAUCAUCUAGAAAGGGUUAGUUCUGUAAAAACCAAGCUUCCCAUCAUCUUAAAAAAAGAACUAACCAGAACAUGAAUAAUUUCUCAGCAAGAAAAGCCUAUGUUUGGAGCGGAUGAGAGAACAGGUUGAUAACAUAAUAUCAAUGUAGUUUUGUUCCACCAGUGUAUAUUAGAAACAACUGUUAGCAGUACAGUUGCACAACCUGUAACAUUACUUGCCCAAAAUAAUUGACUAUGCUUUUCUUUUAUUUAAUUGCCUGCUUUGAAACAAAAAUUAAUGUUUAUGUUUUCAUGGAAAUGAAGUCAACUGCAAUAAAGAAAAAGUUAAGCUAUUUACAUUUCUAUGAAGACUUAACAGAAAUUCAGCUUUAUGGGUAAUUGAAGGGAAGUAACUUUCAGUGUGUAUUUUCAAAAUAAAAAGGGAAGCUGGUUUCAAAAUA